AUGAGCGCCCUCGGCCCCGACUCCUGCGCACUGGGUCCGCACGCGACCGGCAAGCAGGAUGCUCAGCACCUCUGCAACAACGCGAGCUUCGCCUCUGCGACAAUCUACUACCCCACGGAAUCCGGGCUGAAGUCGUUGCCUUCCGUCGUGAUUGUCGGCGGCUGGGGAUGUGGUGAGCAGGCGAUGGCGGCCUGGGCUCCUUUUUACGCCUCACACGGCAUCGUGGCGAUGACCAUCGGCACGCCUUCGCCGUUCACGGACUCGCCAGCCGUUCGUAGCAAGGCGCUCCUCGACGCGAGCCUGGCGUUGCAGGGUGAGCACGAGCGUGCUGACUCCGUUCUGCGAGGGCGCCUCGACAUCUCACGGCGCGCCGUCCAGGGCUACUCCUUGGGCGGCGGCGGCGCACAGCUGGCGGCCCUGGCUGAUCCGACUCUCAAGUGCGUCAUCGCGCUCGCUCCGGAUGGCGGCUACAUGUUUCCUUCGAAGCACUCGCUUUCGUUUCCAAGUCCGCCGCCGACCGCUGUGCCCGUUCUCAUACUUUGUGGCGACAACGAUGAGGAGGCGCCGCCCAAGAAGUUCGGAUGGCCGCACUACCGUCAGACGGGCGCUGCCAAGCUGAUCUUCGAAGUCGAGGGCGGGGAUCACUACACCCCACUCGGCCCAGCGGGUGGUACCAAGCACCAGGCGGAGGCAGGGUCAAUGAGCAUGGAACUAUGGUGCGUCAACUGCUCGACCAUUUGCGCCUGCUGGAUGUGCCAGUGCCCACUUGCGCUUUGGUGCACGCCGUGUCCGUGCGCUACGCUAAAUGGACCAACCGGCCACGCUGCAGACCGCGCGCCGCGCGGCGCCAUCGGCGGAGUGGCACUCGCGUGGCUGCGGCUCUUCCUGCUCGACGACGAGACGGCACGGUCGCAGCUGGUCCUUCGUCCUGACAUUGCCAGCGGCUUCGAGUGCAGCGGGAUUGAGGCCCCGUUGGCGAUGGACCGAAGCUGA